UCAUUUAGCGUAUUAUGUAAAACGCAAGUAUCACGGCGUUUUUUGCGUGCAGUGGAUGAUAUGUACAUCUAGAAUAUGGUUAAGUACUAGCUACUAGUCCAAAAAAAAAAAAAAAGUCUCGGAACACUUGCGUCAUCAAGUGCUCUAUUUUUAAGGACAGUGAAUGUGAAUCUCUUCUUUAUCCAUAUAUAGUACAAAGCCCUCCAUUUUACAACUUCUCCAUCAAUCAACUUUUUCUUAAAAAAGAUUGCGGCAGGAAAAAAAAAAAAAAAAAAAAAAAAAAAAGAAAAAGCUUAUUCUCCAAUGGAACCAACAAAGAACGAGCCUUGUCCGGUGUCCAAUAUUUCUCCUCCAGAUGAUGAUGAUGAUGAUGAUGAUGUUAAUGAUCAAAUCAAGGAGAUUAAGAUUGACAUCGUUGAAAAAGAAGAUGAAGAAGAGGAUCAGACGAUCAUCAACAAGUCUAAUGUUAUGUCAUUAGAUCUCAACCUGAAUAAUUCUGGUAAAAGUCUUGAACUAAAUCUCAUAGAUUGCUUGGAUAGUAGUACUACUAUGUCAAAUUCUUCUCAAACCACAUCAUGUACACCAUCACAAAACAAAAUGAUUAGUACGACACAAGGUUCCGAUAAUUCGGAGCAGCGGGUUUUCUCUUGCAACUAUUGUCAGAGAAAGUUCUACAGUUCUCAGGCGCUCGGAGGUCACCAAAAUGCGCACAAGAGAGAGAGGACGCUAGCCAAGAGAUCGGGACAAAGAUUAAUGGGAAUUAGUGAUCAUCAUCGCAUAUUUGGACACCAAUAUCAUCCGUAUUUCGAUCGGAUUCAAUGGUCAAGCAUGGCUUCUCUUCCUCUUCAUGGUGCUUAUAACAAUAGGUCUCUCGGAAUUCAGGUUCACUCCAUGAUUCACAAGCAGCCUAAUAAUUCCUUUGGUAAUAGUAAUAAUAUUAUGUAUGGACAACCGGCAAUUGGGAAGCAUACGACAGCGGGAUUGUUGUCGUCCAAGGCUAGUUCUGCAGGAAGAUUUGAUCAUGUCUCCAAGGGUAUUAUUGGUUCUCCCAACCAAUAUGAGAGAAUUGGAAGAUAUACUAAUUGGUGUGGAGGUGGUGGUGACCGUUUGAUCAUGAACACUGAUCAUCAUCACAAGGAGGAGAUUAGAAAGCUUGACUUGUCUCUCAAGCUCUAGAGUAAGAAUUAAAGAUCUUCUUAAUUAUUUGUUAGGGUAUUUUCGGUUCUAUCUUUUUUCUUAUAAAUUUACCAUGA